AUGGCAAAGAUCCUGCUGCGGCCCUGCUACACUGAGCUGUGGGAUCUGGUGUGCGAAGGCAAAGAGAGCAACAAUUUCAUCAUCACUGGCACUCCUGGCGCUGGGAAGACCGUCUGGCAGUAUUACGUAAUGUAUCACCUGGCCACAGCGGGUGACACGGCGGUGGUGGACUUCAAGGGCUCCUCACAGGAUUCUGUACGUAUGGGCCCCUUGACGGCAUUUGACAAGGAGCUGCAGCAGAAAACCACUUGGUAUUUGGUGGACACCAGGGAACCGGAGGAGGUUGCAGCGAAGACGAUCCUCACCUCAAGCCCCAAGAGAGAGAUCUUUAAAGACUUUGCCAAGGCGGGAGCGGCAACCCUUUACAUGCCUGUCUGGAGCUGGUUGGAGCUAGACGCGGGUCGCCACCUACAUGAGCUGAGGGAAGACGAGAUCUUGCCCCCCUGUAUGAGAAGUGGGGCGGGUCAGCGCGGCUGGAAGGAGUUCAAUGAUGUGUGUGGCAAGUUGUUUGAGCCGCUGGCUCACCGCAUCUUAAGGGGGGGUGGCGUCUUCGAUGUGUGGGACUUGGAAAUGGGGACACAAACAACCCUGGACCUGCCUCCCUGCACCAGCAUUUACACUUUCCAUGACCUGAAGGAUGUGGCGGACCAGGAGGCGGGGACAUAUUGCAUCCCGUCCAGGUCGGACCAGGCAGCCAUCGACAGCAUCCAGCAGCCGCAGUGGCGAAAGAAGCAGGAGUAUACCGGGCGGACUGAUUUGAAGGUGCUGAGGGCCGUGAAGCAGCGUGUCAUCAAAGUGCCGUUGAAAGUGAUGGCGCACAGCUUGCGAACCUUCAGGGCGGUGUAA